CCUGUCCUGUCACACAAGGCUCAGUGCAUAUUAGUAGCAAGACAAGCCUGGAGUCCCUUCCUUUAGUAGCUCGGUCUCUGGCCAUCUGUACAGCACGCCAGUAAGUUCUUCAUUUCUCCCUGGUACUUUUGCUGCAAUAUCAGGAUGGGACAGUGCUUCGUUACUGGGAGGUGGGUGGACCUGUAAACCAUUCCACUGGGAUGCUCUAUCAUGUUUCCUAAGGGAGUAGCCUGGAAUGCUGAAUGGUGGUGGCUCCUGUGUCUAAUGUCUUAUACAGUAGAAUGCUGCGUCCUCCUAGAAGGUCCGAUUAGGUUUAUAUGAUACUCGUGGGCUUCGCUGUGUCUUAUACAGGAUACUCAUGAAUUCCGUAUACUCCGAAGCAGAAAAAGAUAAUAUAUGCCUUUAAGAUCCAUUUUGUAAUGUAAGAUCCUGCCAUGUAUUCACCAAAAGGAUUAUUUAUCUGCCUUCCUAACAGCGGUCCGUAGUAUCGAAGCAUCUAACUGUCCUUCAUUAUGUAGGAUGCAGGUAGGAUCCUGAGAAUCGAUCAUCGAUAUAAUGAAGAAGCCAAAAAGUUGCUUAUCAUGUUUUCAACGACAGAAAGUUACCGUCCUCUUGAUCGCUGUGUCCUUGCUGUGUAUUUUGAAGCUUUUAAGAGUUGAGUUAAUAUUUCCUAGAACUGAAAGUUAUUUUGUGGAGCCAAAUAUUUUCUCUUCUGUUACCAACAAUUUUAUACCCAAUGACCCAACUAGCAGCAUCAACUGUACCUCCAUAUACGAACUGGAACCCGCGGAGAUUGGAAAGAGUUUACAACUUAGGAGAAGACGCAUAUAUGAUCUUGACGACUCAAACUUUGUGACAAUGACAAAUAAUUGUGAUGACUAUAAAAAAGUACGUCAUUACCAUGAAAAACCUAUCUCUCAGGAUGAGAAAGACUUUCCCAUAGCUUAUUCACUGGUUGUACAUAAAGAUGCUAUAAGUGUGGAACGCCUCCUGUACUCCUUAUACAGUCCUACUAAUAUCUAUUGUAUCCAUUAUGACCAAAAAUCUUCCUCCAGCUUCAAGAAAGCCAUGAUAAACCUAGCCAACUGUUUCCCCAAUGUUUUCAUUGCGUCAAAACUUGAGUCAGUAAUUUAUGCUCACUUUUCAAGACUACAAGCUGAUCUCAACUGUUUGUCCGACUUGCUAAAGUCACCUGUGCAGUGGAAAUAUGGCAUCAAUUUGUGUGGCCAGGACAUGCCACUAAAAUCUAAUUAUGAACUUGUCUCUGAGCUGAAAAAGCUUAAUGGAAAGAAUAUGUUGGAGACAACACUACCAACAGAUAUAAAGAGGGAUCGAUAUACCUUCCAUCAUGAGAUCAGCUCUGUGGGAAAUCUAAUUUAUGGACAGAUGCCAAUGAAAACUUUUACUAAAAAAUCUCCUCCGCCUGAAGGUAUUGAGAUGUAUGUUGGAAGUGCCUAUUUUGUAUUAAGCCGCCCAUUUAUUCAGUAUGUCUUUGAAUCACCACUAGUUGCACAAUUUUUAGAGUGGAGUAAAGACACUUAUUCACCAGAUGAACAUUUUUGGGCUACACUAAUUCGGGUGCCAGGUGCACCAGGGGGACUUUCAAGGACAGACUCAGAGGUUACAGAUCUUGAUAGCAAAACUCGCCUAGUAAAAUGGAUAUAUCUUGAGGAAAAUCACUAUCCACCUUGCACAGGAACACAUGUCCGAAGUGUGUGCAUUUAUGGGGCGGCUGAACUUCGAUGGCUCCUACAUUCAGGUCACUGGUUUGCAAAUAAGUUUGACCCAAAAGUAGACCCUAUAUUAAUUAAAUGCUUGAUUGAGAAGAUUGAAGAACAGCAGAGGGACUUGGUUUCCAUGUCAUUCAGAUGAUUUCCUACUGUUAUGGGAAGUAAUGAGCUUUUUCUUGAAUUUAUAUAUACAUUUCCUGCUCAGGGUUAUAUGUCUUUUAGCCAUAAUCUAUAAAUUAUUUUUAUUAUUGCAGAAUGAUAACUGUUCACAAAAUGCUUAAAGGGGUUCUCUGCUUAUUUUAUAUAGAUGACCUAUCCUCAGGUCAUCAAUAUCAGAUCGGCAGGUGGGCAACUCCCGGCACCCCUGCAGAUCAACUGUUUGAAGAGCCCACAGUUCUUGUUCGAGCACUGCCUUUUCUUUACUAUUUACCUGGUCACCAUCACAAUUGCAGCAGUGAGCAGGUUAAAUUACAACUCUGCCAUCCCAUUCAUCUGAAUAAGAGGAGUGGGAUGGCAGAGUUGUAAUUAUACCUGUUCACUGCUGCAGUUGUGCCAGUGAGCAUGUAAACUGUGAGGAGAACGCAGCGCUCAUAUGAGCGCUGCCUUCUCUUCAAACAGCUGAUUGCCGGGUGUCGGACCCCCGCUGAUCUGAUAUUGAUGACCUAUCCUGAGAAUAGGACAUCAAUAGAAAUAAAAAAGGGAAGAAUUAGGCAUUUAUCUGCAUAUUAUUCUUUGCACUAUGGACACAAUAUUUCCUGAGUUCUGUCUCUAGCUUUUCACAAUAGGCCUCAUUUAUCAAAAUGGUAUAAAAAAAAAGGGUUUUCUAUGUCUUUGAAGCAAUUAUUAUAGAAUCAUAUUCUAAAUAUAUUCUGCUCUAUGUGACUUGGAUUUUUUGACCUAUGUAUCUUUUCAUUAUUGUUAUUAUACAUAAAUAUGUGUGCAUAUAUUUAUGCAUUCAUCAAGAAAAGGAAAAACAGAGAGAAAAGAAAAAAAAUUAAAAGAAAUUUCAGAGCAUGUAACAUGGCGGGAAAAAAAGGAAGGAAGAAAGAAAACAGGGAAGGGGCCUACUUAUUGUAUUUUAACAAAAAAAGUGAAAAGUACUAAAAAAAACUGCAGAAAGCAAAUAUAACCACAAUAGGAAAUACAAUAAAUUAUUACUGUUUAUACUCAAAAAUUGGUGUCAGGUGCAGUUUAAAGUGGCUCUGUCACUAGGAUCACCCUAUAAAAACAGGUAUAUAACUUGGUAGGGUUGAUCAUGACGUGUAAAACAAUCCUUGCCUUUCCUUUGUAGGUUCGGCAAUGUGGAGAAAUUCAUACUUUUAUUCCUAUGCAAAUGAGGCAUUGGAGCACCAAGAGGCAGGAUUCUGAAGUUUGAGCACUACUUUAUGAUGCUGAGUACACAUGCCUCCCGUGUUUUAAACACACCCCCUCCACCUUAGGUUGACAGUGCUAGACUAGCACAGAUUUUUCGGCGCCUGCACAGUUGAUUUUUGGAGCACCAGGGGCGUUGCUGGAGCGGUGCUCAAACUGCAGAAGCCAGCCUAUUGGUGCUCCAAUGCCUCAUUUGCAUAGGUAUAAAAGUUUCAAUUUCUCCACAACGCCGACACCUACAAAGGAAAGACAGGUAUUGUUUCAUACAGCUUGAUCAACACUACUACGCUAUAUAGGGUUGAUCCUGGUGACAGGGCCUUUUUAUGUAAUUAAAUCAAACUCUGAUUGGUGAACAUGUGAAGUUUUUUUGUUAUGCAGUUUUGAUAAAUGAGGCUCAAAAAUUACAUAUGUCCUUGGAUUCCAUCUUGCAAAUAAUUUUCUGUGGUGAUUUUGAAAAUUCUAAACAAAUAAUCAUGCCACAGCGCCCUCCACCUUAAGUGUGGUAUUUUCUGUAGAUCAUCCCCUGCUAACUACAACAAUUGGUGCCAGGUUCCCUAAUACAGCUGAUAACUGGAUAUCCUAGAAGCACGACACCCUAUGAUCAGCCUAUAUUCAGGAGACCCUUCUAAGAAAAAUAGAAUUGUCCAAAGUGGACAGCCUCUUCAGGUUUACCCCGGAAGUACAAGCUAUCAGAAAAUGUGCCUGGUUUAUAUGCGUUAACAUGGUAGAGUUGAUCACCAUUGAUGGUGAUUUUUGUCUCUUACUUAAUUCAUUUUCUAUUGGAAUUAUGUAUGAUGAUUUUACCUAAUAAAAGGGGUUAUCCUCACACAGAUUGUACUUACCUCAGCUCGUUCCUGUCGUGGCCUUUUAAUGGUUGACCCAUCCCCCACUGCUGCUGGAUGUUUUGAUCCGCGCAACAGGGAGAUGCAGAGACGGCCAUGCAGGGAUCAGAAGAGAUGGGGGUGCCAGGGACUGAGGUAAGAACAAUCUGUUUGAGGGGCCCAGGCAUUUGAGGGGGCAUUUUUGGGGUUGGAUAACUCCUUUAAUUUCCUUUCUGCAGUUGCAGAUGUUACUACUUAUCAUUUUGUAUCUUCUUUUUUUCUGAGAAUGUGUAUGAUUACUGCUUCAAGAGGUAAUGUCAUUUCAUUAAUAUCAUUAUUCCAUGUGAAUUCAGUUAUACAUAUUGGAAUGUAAUGACAGACAAUCAUUUGUUCUCUUCUAUUUACGACACGCAAACCUUCACCAAAUGUGUUAAAUGCUAAUCACUGAAAACGCCAAGAAUUUCUCUUUAAUGUUCAAUGCACUGAUUUUUUUUUUUUGUAUUGAUGUUUUUGUGUAUUUCAUGUUUCUAUUUUAUUUGUGCCAAAGCAAAACUCAGGAUUGUUGUAAUUAGAUCUAUUUCUACAGUAUAUAUGAAUUGUCUGUGCGGAGUGAUAUGUGUUUGAGCCAAAACUACCCUCCUUUGUCUGGAGUUUCAUGAAUCAUUUGUAUGAGAGACUGACUUGUCCCAGAAAGCUAAUUUAGUGUCUACUUUUUUUAAGGGACAAUAUUAUAAUGAUACUGCCACUGUUGUCUGUCAGCUGCUGUGUUUUUCCGUUUCCAAGACUUGCCAAAGCCAAAUGAUAAUAUCAACCUGUUUUUGCAUCAAUAGGCAAGAGUCGCUGUUCUUUUUAGAGUAAGGUAAGUUUCCUGGGUAAAACAGAAGGAAAUUUCCAAAAAUUGCUCUACGAUAUAAACAUCAUUGGAUCUUAUGAGUCGCACCAUAUUUUCUCAGGGUGCUGUAUAAAGGUAUUCAUAUCUUCUGUUACAUUUUGUUGUCACUUCCUCAUAAUCAUCUUUAUCAUUAUUAAAAUUAGUAAAUAAUAGAGUGCAGUAAAGCCAGCAUUGGUCUUAGUAAAAUAUUGAUUUCACUUAUCCCAUAGUCGCAGUACACUGAUGUUAAUCAACACUAUUGCAUCAGUCUUUUAAACAAUGAGAUAUUGUCCAUACGUUUGUCAUAAAUUACUUUAUUGGGAGACUGCACCUCUGACCCACCCAGGACUUCCCUUCCUGUAUUGUUAGAGAAUGGUUGGAACUCCGACUUGCACUAAUGAUUGUUGGUCCUCAGUGGUAGGGAAAGUAUCCACGUACAUUUAUCAUCAAGAAACCACGGCACUAAAACAUCUGGAUAAUUCGUUUAUUGUUUCCAUCCAAUUUUCAUGAGAAAGACGCGGUUCGGUUCCGUCCCAGAACCUUGUUCACGGCCGGUGUGUCGUAGGAAAUUAACCAGAUGCUUGAGUGCCAUGGUUCCCUUCCUGCAUUGUGAUACCGACUGGAGCCAGAUAUUUGCGGUGAGCAGAUCUUCCAUUUAUUUUUCUUCUCUAAUUAAUGCUCCAAAGUAAAGCACUGUGGGGAAUUCUAAGGAAAGGUUUUUAUGCAUACAAUGAAAUGUACUCAUAUAUUCUCUUUGCCUGGAAAAUUCAUUGCUCACCUGUUAUGGUCCUACUUGGAUAUACAGGGGGUGCACACCACAGACUAGAGCAUUCACUAAGAGCAUUCUUUUUAAAAACAACAACCAUAGUGUCCCCAGCACUCCAGGCUAUAUUCACACGACACGUGUGACGUCUGUUUUUUUUAACAGCCUUCACGUGUCUUUUUUUUUAAGAACAAUGGCAGUCUGUGGGGUUAUUCACACUCCCAUUUUUUUGAUGGCCAGUGAUUAAUAGACAUAAAAAAUAGAACAUUUUCUAUAUUGUCCGUUUUCACGGACCGACCAGCAGGCACCAGUGAAAAAACAACAACCUUAAAAACAGACUGGACAGCAUAGAACAUUUUGACAAUUUUGUUAAUCUCUGGCCUGUCAGUGUAAAUAUGUAAAUAACCCCAUAGACUGCCAUUUUCAUUAAAUCUCUUUUGUAUGUUAUCUCCUUUCUGUCUUUGUAUAAAUCAUUUCACACUCCAUUUUAUAGCACAUUCCCUGGCCAUGGAUCAAAACGGUCUCAGUAAAUGAGCUCCCUUGCUUUCCAUAACAACCAAUCAGAGUGUAGCUUUUAUUUUAUAAAUUCAGUUUGGAACAGUCAGAGCUGAGCUCUGAUUGGUUGCUUUGAGCACCUGGGGCAUUUCUUCUCUGAGAGGGCCCUGACACGUGAGGCCCAUUAGGCACAAGCUGCUGACCAGUUUAUACCCAGGCUGAGCUACUGCUUUCUCGACGUUUAGAAUGAUUUGGAAAUACAUGUAUAUGAUGUCGCCAAAGUCAUGUUGUUAUUCUGUGAAAGCUUUCUGUGCAGGCAUGCAAAGGCUUUUUAAUAAAGUUAAGUGGAAAUACAAGAUUGUAAGCAGGAUGUCAAUUAUUUUAUAAUAAAGAUAAUGAUGGUUUACUGCUGGCAUCAAGCUGACUGUUGUGCUGGAAGUUCAUGUGUUUUUUCCCUGUUCUUUGUCCCUGCAAUUAUAAAAUGACAGAGCUGCUGCUAAACCAGGCACAGUGCAUGAAAUACAACCAAUAACAGUUACAUAGCAAUACUAUUUUGGCACCGUAUCAAAAAACCAGGAAUCAAAUACAUAGAUUACAUAAUUUGUUAGCCAUUAGUGACAGUAGCAGUGUGUGGGAUUGGUAGUGCUCGCUCUGGGGUACUACAUAUGCACUUGCACACUUUUCUGCUAUACAAGAUGUCCUCCUCAAGUAGCAGGAGCCAUUGUUCCUUAUCCCCUAUAGUUUUGCUAAGAGCAUGCUCUCUGCUCUCAAGCAAUCUAUGAUGUUGGAGAUUUAAAGAAGCACUCCCACCCCUAGCACUGGCCUUCUGGUUUUAUGUAAGACCCCAAAUUAAUGUUCUGUUUUACCAGCAGAUGGCAAAAUGUAUUACAUACAGAGAGCUAAAUGUAAGAGCCCCCCCCCCCUUUUUCCUUACACCCCUUUUCUUGAAUAUAAUAAACCUACACUCCACAGAUAUUAUACAUAUACUCAUAGAUAUAUCAAACCAAAAACAGCCUAGUUAUAUGAAAAUAAGACAGUACUACUAGAUUACAAAAAGUAACAAUAUAUUUUAAUGAAUGGACAAAUAUGUUAAAAGCAGUGGCCAUAACAGCCACACAGGUCACAUACGAGAUUUAAAAAACAUAGCACAAAAAAGAGCAGUGGGUGGACGCAGCAGGAAAUCGUCUAUAUUGAUCUCUAGUGAUGGGCGGCAGGGGCAAUAUUCGAAUUCGCAAUAUUUCGCGAAUAGUCGCCAUAUAUUCGAGAAUUCGUGAAUUAGUAAUUUCCAGGCAUUAUUUUCUUGAUUGAGAAAAUUUGCAUAAUUUUCACAUAA